UUGUUGACAAGCCCGAAUAUGAUUUGGUUUUAGGAAGCACGUGGCUAACGAGGUUGGGAAAUAGGAUUGAUGGACGUGAUGGGAGAUAUUGGGAAUCUAAUGAGGAAAAAAGGAUAUAUUACGCAAGAAAUAGUAUUGAUAUUCUGUCUCCUUCAUUAUAUACAUUCUACGAAUUAUUAUUUCCUAAAUUUUCUGCAAUUAAUUCAGAUGGGGGAGUUAUAUUAAUCGAGUUUUCUGACCAAAAUAUGGAGAAUAACCUUAUUGAUCUAAAAGAAUAUUAUGAUUCAGAUUAUUCUGAGACGGAGUCCGAAUCUAGUGAUUCUGAAACAGAGUUUGAAUCUAGUGAUUCUGAAGCAGUGGAU